AUGAGAAAGAAAGAGACCCACCUAGCGCAAUGCGAGCAGUGCAAGAGAGAGCAGGGGGGAGUCAGUCUGGAUAGCGCAGACGCACUGUCAUGCAAACCUCAUGCAGCCAUCACAAUCUCGUCUAGGGCGAGCGUCGAUGACACUGCAUUGCCCGAACCCAAAUCGUCCGCGUCCGACCAAUUCAUCACCGUCGAAUCCACCAAUGCUACCGGGACCUACAAGGCAACUCUUGCCAUUACUGGAAUGACCUGCAGUUCCUGUGUGUCUGCCAUCACUCACGCCGUCCAAGAACACCCGUGGGUUCAGUCGGUCAAUGUCAACCUGCUCACAAAUAGCAGUGUGGUUGUUUUCAGCGGAAAGGACAAGUGCAAUGAGCUUGUCGAGACGAUUGAAGACUGUGGAUUCGAUGUUGCAGUAGAGACGCUGGAGCAAGUUCGCAACCCAGCAUCAUAUGCAACACCGCCACCAAAACCGAAGACCGACAGAUGGCGCGCGACCUACUCGCUCGGAGGACUGACAUGCUCUUCUUGCGUCGGCAACGUGACUCAGGCCCUGAAGCCACACACAUGGAUCGAAAAGGUAGACGUCAACCUCAUCUCAAACAGUGCGACUAUUGUCUUCGUAGGCAAAGAGCAUCUGCCAGAGAUCAAGGAUACCAUUCAGGAUGUCGGAUACACGGCGUCGCUAGACCAAGUCGUCCAGGAAGGCACUACGACGACUGAAGCUACCGAGCGAUCCAUUGCCAUUCGCAUUGAUGGCAUGUUCUGCCACCACUGUCCACAAAACAUCACAAGGAGGCUGCAGGAAGCAUUUGGCAACAAGGAUACCUUUGCACUUGAAGACCCUCCUAUAUCUCUCGCACAGCCCAUACUCCAUGUGAGAUAUGUACCCGAGCCACCUGGAUUCACCAUUCGACACAUCUUCUCGACGAUUUCGGAACUCAACCCAGUGUUCAAGCCUUCGGUGUUCCGCCCGCCGACAAUUGAGGAACGCGCACGAGAGAUGCACGCACAGGAGCGUAUGCGUAUUCUCUUCCGUCUUGUUCUCUCCGUCGUCAUCGCUAUACCUACCUUCAUCCUCGGCAUCGUCUUCAUGAGUCUGGUCGGUUCCAAGAACCCUAUACGCAAGUACCUCAUGGGCAGCAUGUGGGCUGGCAAUGUCACACGGCUCAGCUGGGCACUCUUCAUCCUUGCGACUCCCGUCUACUUCUUUGCUGCCGACACCUUUCAUCGGCGCGCCAUCAAAGAGAUCAAAUCCAUGUGGCGGCCCGGAAGCCGAACCCCGUAUUUGCAUCGCUUCACGCGGUUCGGAAGCAUGAACAUGCUGAUUUCUCUCGGUACUUCAAUAGCGUACUUUGCGUCGAUCGCUGAGCUUGUCCUGGCGGCCACCAAGUCGUCUUCCGGCUCAAUGCACGAUUCCUACUUUGACGCAGUCGUCUUCCUGACAAUGUUCCUUCUCAUUGGCCGAUUCCUCGAAGCAUACAGCAAGGCAAAGACUGGCGACGCCAUCACCUCGCUUGGAAAGCUUCGUCCUAACGAGGCCGUUCUUGUCGACGCAGCAAAGGGCGACACCAAGAUUGCCACUGAUCUCCUGGAAAUCGGAGAUAUCGUUCAUGUCCACCAUGGCACCUCGCCGCCAUUCGACGGCCAAGUCAUUGAGGGAAGUUCAAACUUUGACGAGUCCAGCUUGACGGGAGAGUCACGUCCGGUUAAGAAAUCAGAAGGCGAUACUGUGUUUUCUGGUACGAUGAACAAGGGCGCGCCGGUUAAGAUUACAAUCACAACCAUCUCUGGUACUUCGAUGCUCGAUCAGAUUAUUAAUGCCGUGCGCGAAGGCCAGUCGCGUCGUGCUCCUGUCGAGAGAGCCGCGGAUGUCAUUACUUCUCACUUUGUCCCAUUUGUCAUCGCCGUCGCCAUUACUACUUGGCUGGUCUGGCUGAUUCUCGGUACAACCGGCAGCAUUCCAAGUGACUGGAAGAACGAAGCCGCUGGUGGCUGGGAGCUGUGGUCUCUUCGUUUCGCCAUUGCCGUCUUUGUCAUUGCCUGUCCUUGCGGCAUUGGUCUCGCAGCGCCAACUGCCCUAUUUGUUGGCGGCGGUCUAGCUGCAAAACACGGCAUACUGGUCCGCGGCGGAGGUGAAGCUUUUCAGGAAGCCAGUUCUCUCGACUGCAUCGUUUUCGACAAGACUGGGACUCUGACUGAAGGCGGCGAUCCCUCAGUGACGAACCACAAGUUCUCUGGAACCCAGGACAGCGCCACAGUGCUGGGCAUUGUGAAAGCUCUGGAGGAGAACAGCAAUCACCCCAUCGCACAUGCUCUCGUCUCUUUUUGCAACAAGCAAGGACACGCCACUCCGACUGCCGUCAAUGUCGACGAAAUACCCGGCAAGGGCCUAAAAGGCAUCUUUAAGAUUGACGGCCAGGAGAUCACAGCCAUUAUCGGGAACGAAAGCUUUAUGGACGACCACCAUGUUCCCAUCCUCGAUGAAGAUGCCGCCGUGCUCCAACAGUGGAAGUCUCAGGGUGACUCCGUCGCCCUCGUAGCACUCUUCACGCCGCAGCCCAACCAGCCAUCACCAGCCUGGCAUCUCGCCUGCAGCUUCUCCAUUGCCGACGCGCUCCGCCCAGAGGCACCCAGCGUGAUCCGCGCCCUGCAAGCCCGCGGCAUAGACGUAUGGAUGCUUUCCGGCGACAACCCCACGACGGCCAACGCUGUCGGCGCCCAAGUCGGGAUCCCAGCUUCCAACAUCAUCGCCGGCGUGCUUCCAGACCAAAAAGCGCUUAAGAUAAAGUACCUCCAGCAGACGCUGACCAAGCCGCGGUCCCCCUUAUUCCGGAUCCCCCUGCUGGGCCGCCUGUUUACGGCGAAGAAGCAGGCCAAGCGCGCCACCGUGGCCAUGGUCGGCGACGGAAUCAACGAUGCGCCAGCGCUGUCCACAGCAGACCUCUCCAUCGCCAUUGGAUCCGGGUCCGACAUUGCGCUCAGCUCGUCGUCCUUCAUCCUCAUCAACAGCCGUCUAACAACCAUCCUCACGCUGCUCGAUCUCUCGCGCGUCGUUUUCCGCCGCGUCUAUUUUAACUUUGGCUGGGCCCUCGUAUAUAACCUCGUCGCUAUGCCCGUGGCCGCCGGUGUCUUGUUCCCGAUUACGACUGGCGGCGGGGGAACAAAGAACAUGGAUAUGCAUCAUAAUGGCGUGGGAAUGGAGGGUGGCAUGGCUAUGGGCGAGACGGGCAAGAAACAUGUUAGGCUGGAUCCCGUGUGGGCUAGUCUGGCUAUGGCGCUGAGUAGUGUGAGUGUGGUGUGUAGCUCGCUGUCACUGAGGAGCAAUUUACCCGGCGUGGGGUUUAGAGCUAGGCGUGAGCGCGAGUUUGAGUAA